AAAUAAUUACGACCAAAACAGUUUUGUGUGUGUUGUUAUGUUAAUUGAAGAAUCAGAAUGAUAUAUCGACAGACGCUAUACAUAUUUUUCUUCCUCUUGAGCCGAACCAACAAUGUGUUGGCCAAAAGUUCCUCGGUAAUAAUAAUAGGUGCUGGACCGGCAGGAAUUGCAGCAGCAACAAAACUACUAGAAAACUCAAUUACUGACAUUAAAAUCGUGGAAGCGGAAAACAGAAUCGGUGGUAGGAUACACAGCGUUAAAUUUGGCAACGGUUAUGUGGACUUAGGGGGAGAGUAUUGUGAUGGUCGAGAAGGUAACAUCGCUUACGAAUUGGUAAAAGAUUUAGACCUUUUGGAACCGUACACCGGAGAAUUUUCUCAAGUGUAUUUGUCUGAUGGUUCUACGACAGAUUCAGAAUUAAAGGAAGAGUUGUUGGUUGCAGUUUAUAGAUCUUAUGUAGAAAACAUUACCAAUACAGAAAACGUUACUCUAGGAGAUGCCGUUCUAUCCAAAUACAACAAAACUGUGCUCAGCAGGUAUGAAAAUAACAAACAAAAACUCAAAUUAGCGACUGAUGGUAUAAAAUUAAUCGAGAAUGUAAUAAUAUUAGAUGAAGGUAUAUUCAGCUGGCAUCAACUUCCAGCGAAAGUACAUUUUAUCGAAUGUGAAGGUGGCUUCAUGACUUGGAAAACCCGAGGAUAUCACAUUAUUUUAGAUAUUCUAAUGAAAGGUUACCCCAACCCUGACGAAAAACUUCCAAUUGACGAUAAAAUUGUCUUGAAUACAAAAGUUGAAAAAAUUAUUUGGAACAACGAUAAAAUAGAAGUAAAGUGUGCUAACAACACUUCACUGAAAGCAGAUCAUGUGAUUUUUACGCCAUCGGUGGGGGUGUUGAAAGCUGAAAAGGAUGCUUUAUUUGAGCCAGAUUUACCUCAAAAUAAAAUAAAUGCCCUCGAAGCUAUCGGCAUCAAUGCAAUUAUGAAGAUUAUUAUCUACUUUCCACAAAAAUGGUGGAACCAAAAUGACUCUGUUUUUUUCUUUCUUUGGAGUAAAGAAGAUUUGCCUAACAUUAAAAAUGAAUUUCCAGAUGGGCCAAGUAAGAAUGGAAUUUCAUGGUUGGCCUCCAUUCCGAUGUUGUCAAAGGUGCCACAUAACCCUAAUGUGUUUUCGUUAUGGGCCGUGGGUGAUUUAAUACCUGAAAUUGAAAAAUCUUCAGAGGACGUGCUUCUUAGAGGGUGCAACUACCUAAUCAAGAAAUUUUUGGGAAAAAACUAUAACAUUACGAACGCUGACAGGAUUAUCAGAUCUCAAUGGGCUAUAAAUUCCAAUUUUUUGGGAACGUACUCACAUGAAAAAGUUGAAUAUUUUAGAAGUGAUAUUUUUCCUCAAAGCAUCUUGGCAGAACCGUUACUCAACAGUAAAGGGCAUCCUGCUGUUUUAUUUGCUGGAGAAGCUACGCAUCCAACACAGUAUGGAACAGUUCACGGUGCUAUAAAAACCGGAAUAAGGGAAGCAGAAAGAAUCAUACAGUUACACAAUGAUAAAUAGAUUUACCAGGCCCUCUCAGAUUAAUACAUGAUAUAAAAAUGUUUUCUAUGGAUCAUAAUAAAAAAUAAAUUCUUUUUCAAAUUUUUGGUCUUGGGGCAGCUGGUCCAGAGUUGAAUUUUUUGGCUCAGUGCUACAGCCACGUUUUACUUUUUAGAAAAGUAAACUUUUGUUUAUUCAUAAACGUUAAAAAUUAACCACCCACUUUAAUUCUAUUCAAAUAUUGAUUUUUUCUACUGCUUCGAAAUUAUAUGCUCCACGUUUAAAAAUUUUCUUCAUCCACACAUAUAUUUUGUUUUGUCUUCAUUGACUCCAAACAUAAAAUAAAGCAACCCUGCAAAGUCGAGCAUUAUUCGACCAAUUCCGUCGAGUCGAGUCCAGUGAAGUCAAGACAGAGUCCAGCCAAGUUGCGCCGGAAUUAUUUUGUACAUAAUCGCUGUCCAGUCGGUCGUGUAAAUUUUAGUUAGUAAGAAA